GCAGCUUGUCAAUCGCUCACCCCGACGGCGAUCAAGCAAUACAAAUCACACACACACACUCACUCACACACGCACAGUCACGGAGCGGCCGGACCCAUAAAUUCCAGCCGGCUGAUAUAUAUAUAUAUUUUUUCCAGGGGCAGCUUGCAAUUAUUAUUAUUAUUAUUCUUUUUCUUUUCCCUUCCCCCUUUUUUCUCUCUCCCCUUUCCCUUUUCCCUUCUUCCCUCUUUUUCCCCUUUUCUUCCCCCCCCUCCCCGUCCACUUUUCUUUUCCUUUGUUUAAUUUUUUUUGUGUGUGUGUGCCGUGCAGAAGUUCAAACUUUUCUUCCCCCUUUUUCUGGCUUCUCUUCUCUUCGCAGCCUCUGAGCCCGCCGAGACCGAGAGGCCGAGACUGCUGGUGAUGCUUUUGUUUUUCCUCUCCGGCCGAAGGACGACUCUCUCCGCCCUGACCUGGGGGGGAAGGCGGCUCGCCCCCUGCCCGCCCCCCUCCCGCUUUUAAAUGUGGCCCUUAUCCAGAGCCGGGGAUGCCCGCCGCCUACCUGCUGCUUGUUUUUUCCCAGAAGAAAAAGAGAAAUUGCCUGGCCCAGGCUCCGCGUCGUAACUUUUUAAGGAUUUGAAAAAAAGCCUUUUUCCCCCCCUUUUUUUUGUCCUUAUUUUUUUUUUCAUUUUGGGGGCUCUCGCUUUUGGGGCAGCACCCCCCCCCCGCUCUGCCCGCUCCUCCUUUGUUUCCAAGAAGAAGAAGGAGAAAAAAAAUCAGAGGAAGUGAAAAGAAGAGGGAGAGAGAGAGAGAGAGAGAGAGAGAGAAAGCCGCACAGACGCACCGACACACAGAGGAGCCGAAUCCGAGUCGGAGGAAGGGACCCUUACAAGCCCGGCUCGCUCCUCCGCUCCCGCCGCCUUGGCUUCGGAAGGGAAAAGCCCCCCAGCCCAGACACGACCCUCCGGGAGCCGAAGAGGAGGAGGACGAGGAGGAGGAGGGGGAAGAGGAAGAAAAAACCCCGCGACUUUAAAAAGCCCCCCCAUCCCCCGCCGCUGCUUCUGCAGAAGCCGGCCCCGAUCGCCGCUGGAUCCCCGCCGGAGACUGGAACUCUAAAGAAGGGGAGCCAGAGCGGGAGAGACCAGCCUCCAGCCGGAGCGAUGCCAGCCUCGGGGAUUUAGCUUUCGGCUCCCCCCUUUUUUCCUGGCUCCCUUCCUUUCCCGCGAGCGGCAGGACCCGCGCCUGGUUUACGGGGGCUGGUUUACUUUCCCUUUCUUGCUUUGCCCGCUUCUCGGCCAAGGAAGGCUGCUUUUUUUUUGCUGCCUUUCCCCCCCCCAAAAGAAAAACCUCGCUUUCUCUGGCUCCCUCUCCUUCUCCCCUUUCUCUCCUUCCUCAAUUCAUCCCUUCUCUCUUUCCUUAUCGUCCAUUCUCUCCUUCCUUUUCUCUCUUCUUCCUAUCUUCCAUUCUCUCCUUCCUUCUCUCUCCUCUCAUCUUCCAUCCUCUCCUCUCCUUCUUUCCUCCCCCCUCCCCCCUUCCUUCUCCCGUCCCCAAAGUGCCAUCCCCACGGCUGGGCAGCAUGGACGAGCAGUCGCGGAUGAUGCAGACGCUGGCCGGCGUGAACCUGGCCGGCCACGCGGUGCAAGGGGGCAUGGCUCUGCCGCCUCCCCACGGACACGAGGGCGCCGACGGCGACGGCCGCAAGCAGGACAUUGGCGACAUCCUCCACCAGAUCAUGACCAUCACCGACCAGAGCCUGGAUGAGGCGCAAGCAAAAAAGCACGCGCUCAAUUGCCAUAGAAUGAAGCCGGCUUUGUUCAGUGUCCUGUGUGAAAUCAAAGAGAAAACAGGUCUCAGCAUCCGAGGGGCGCAAGAGGAAGACCCUCCGGAUCCACAGCUCAUGAGGUUGGACAAUAUGCUUCUCGCAGAAGGCGUCUCGGGUCCCGAGAAAGGUGGCGGAUCGGCGGCGGCGGCAGCAGCGGCGGCCGCUUCGGGUGGAACUUCAGAUAAUUCUAUUGAACACUCAGAUUACCGAGCCAAAUUGACGCAGAUCAGACAGAUCUACCACACCGAGCUGGAGAAAUAUGAGCAGGCGUGCAAUGAAUUCACCACCCACGUGAUGAACCUCCUCCGAGAGCAGAGUCGGACCCGGCCCAUAUCCCCCAAAGAGAUCGAGAGGAUGGUGGGCAUCAUCCACCGGAAAUUCAGCUCCAUCCAGAUGCAGCUCAAGCAAAGCACUUGUGAAGCGGUCAUGAUCUUGAGAUCCCGGUUCCUGGAUGCCAGGCGAAAAAGGCGCAACUUCAGUAAACAAGCCACAGAAAUCUUGAACGAGUAUUUUUACUCCCACCUCAGCAACCCCUACCCCAGCGAAGAAGCCAAAGAAGAGCUGGCAAAGAAAUGCAGCAUCACGGUAUCGCAGGUAUCCAACUGGUUUGGCAACAAGAGAAUCAGGUACAAGAAAAACAUAGGGAAGUUUCAAGAGGAAGCCAACCUGUACGCUGCAAAAACCGCCGUGACGGCAGCUCACGCUGUAGCCGCUGCGGUCCAAAAUAACCAGACCAACUCACCCACCACACCGAACUCUGGUACUUCCAGUUCUUUUAACCUUCCUAAUUCUGGGGACAUGUUCAUGAACAUGCAGAAUCUGAAUGGGGAGACUUACCAGGGGUCUCAAGUUGGAGCCAAUGUGCAGUCACAGGUGGAUACCCUGCGUCAUGUUAUCAAUCAGACGGGAGGAUACAGUGAUGGUUUGGGAGGAAAUUCACUGUACAGUCCACAUAAUUUAAAUGCAAAUGGAGGCUGGCAGGAUGCGACCACUCCAUCUUCGGUGACUUCUCCAACAGAAGGCCCGGGAAGCGUGCACUCCGAUACCUCUAAUUAAUCUCACAAGUCCUUCCUCCUCCCCCUGCUCUCCCCCUUCUUGCCCCGCAAUUCGCUGAGAUGCCUUCUCCGUUCAUUCGAAAACCCAGAAGGAAAAGAAAGACGCAAAAAGAAAGAAAGAAAAAACCCAAAAGAAGUGGGUUGGUCUCAUUUUGUGUUGUUGAUAUUUUUUUUUAAAAAAAAAGUGGGUUUUUUUUUUCUUAAAGGAAGGUCUGAUUUUAAACCUUGGUACUUCAGUCUCACCGAGGGAUGCACACUCGCUCCAUAUUAAGGAAAAGCAAAACAAACGAAAACAACCGAGCACUUUAUCCAGCUGGGGGCCAAGAUGGCGCAUUCUGCCUGUCAUAUUCUCCAGCGGAUUCUUAAAAGAUGGCCACCUAGUCGUUGGCUUCUUGGCCUGAAGAGGUCUUCGAAGACUUUGUUCUUAAGAAUAAAUUUGAGUAUCGGCACCAGACUGAGCUUGUGAGAGGGGAAGGGGAGAGCUGGGGAGACCUUCACCCCCACCAAACUUCCACCGAUCCCCGGAAGGGAGUUGCCCAACCUUAGUGGUGUCCGGCUUUUCAGCGCAGGGCAAAACUCUUCCUUUCUCAACCCUUUGUUGGUCUCCUGCUGAUUUUUGUCGGGGGUCCCUCCUUUCACCGAGGGGCGUCUUCUUCUUUUUGAACCUUCACAAACAGCACAGUGCCUCUUCUCCUCCUAGUCUGUUGUCCGGCACAGACAAUCCGUGCGAGGCGGAGACACUGGCUUUUGAUGUUUGCAAAUAUAUAUAUAUAUAUAUAUAUAUGUUUGCAAAUAUAUAUAUAAACCCGGUUGCCAAGUUUUGACACGUCGCGUACCGAGUUGCAUCCGCCGGGGUUUGGCCAUUGCUCCUUCGUGUUGGCCAAAGGCCAAACAGCCGCCAUUCUCUGGACUGCUGUAUAUAGUGUAGCAAAAAAGAAUAUUUAUACAUCUCACCAAUCAAAACACAGCUUUAUUACCUCAUGCGAACUCAUGACAAACCAAUAGAAUCAUUCUUUAGCUUAGAGUGCUCACUACUACCUCUGAACAAGCCUUCGCCAACCUGGAGCUCUCCAGAUGUGUAGAUCGAUAAGCCUCCACCAUCACUGGUCAGCCGUGUCUUCUGUCCGGGGCUGAUGGGAAUUAUAGUCCAACACACCCAGAGGGUGCUGGGUUGAGGAAGUCUGCUCUAAACAAUACUCACGCUGUACUUUUCUUCCCCCCCCCUUCCACUUUAAUCUCUUCCCUCUUUUUAUUUUUGAUUAUUUUUUUUUAACCAUCUUGUAACCGACUCUUUUGGUUCUUCCUCCAUGUACUUGUACAUUGUAAUCUUUUAAAUAAGAAGGAAAAAGAAAACGUGUUUUUUUUUAAAAAAAGGAAAAAAAAUUAUCCAGGUUGCAUUUGUGACUUUUGAAAAAUAAUAAAAAAAACUGAUUCUAUAUAUAAAUAUAAAUAUAUAUAUAUAUAUAUUAAACAAAAAAACCUGGACACCUGAAAGCUUUGAAAUAGAAAUUUUGAGUUCGACGCUAAACAGUCAAACUGUUUGUAAAUACGGAGAAACAUUUUGAAUGUUCUUUCAUCCUGUUGCUAUCUUAAUUCACGCGAAAGAAAAAGAGAGAGAGAAAAAAAACCUGAAACCGAUAAUGGAUUGUAAAGCAGACCGUUCUUGAUAUUCAGUAUAUUUCACCCUGUAAUAAUUAGGGAAAGGGGUGGGUGGGCGCCCUUUAUUUUUCUUUCUUUCUUUCCUUUUUUUCUCUUUUAUAUAGUAUGUGAUUCUGAAGCUGAUUGGCUCAAUUUGAAAAAAAAAAAAGUGGCAGUGAUUCUAAUGUAUUAAACCGUUUGGUGUUGCUUUCUAACUGGAUUACACCCUGAACUGAAGUCUUCCUCGUGGUAGUUCUAUGUAGUCUGGAACCAUGAAUAAAACCUUUUUCCUUUCAUGA